AUGGCUAUGGAUGCGGAGAGCCAGGAGCCAGGCAACCCCGGCAAAGAGUUCAAUGCAGUGGAUGUGAUAAACAAGACAUAUGCAAAUGCUACCGAGUAUGAUCUGAAUGAUGCGUUGAUAUUCUUGACAAAGGUGAUAAAUAGAACAAAGGUUAGAAAUAAGCAGCUUGUGAAGCAGCACUUUGGAAAGUUUGUGCAGUGUAGAACAGUUUUAGAAGAGAUUUGGGUAGAUAUCAAGCAGAAAGGAUAUGAUAAGGAAUUCACCACAGAUCUUGAAAACAACAUUAAAGUGGUUGAAGAAAAGUUCAGGAAGAUGACCUCAGGAAUAUCUGAUGAUGUGGAAGGGAAGAUAGAGGGAGGAAGAAGGGAGUACUACAUGAAGAAAUAUUCUUUAUUGUUCAAUGUCAAGUUUUAUCUUCGAAGAAAUCUCCAUAAUCUCGAGAGGUUUGUUGACAUAUACAAAGGCGCCAUGGAGAUGUAUUUGGAACUGAAGAACUCUGUGUAUAUACAGAAGGUUUGGAAUUCCAUCCACGAUGAAAGAUGCGAAUUCCUAGAAAUCAUCUACAGGAAUAUUCAGAGGCCUGGAUGCACCUUCCAUGAGGCACUUUACUACUUUGAUUUGUAUUUUAAGGUUUGCGAGCACAAGUCCGAACAUAAAAUUAUGAAUACUCUAUUAGUCAACUUCAAGGAAAAUAGUACAAAGAGUUUAGAACUAUCUUAUCUAGAUGAGGAAGAGUGUCUGAAAGAAAUUACAAGACACUAUCUGAAGAUUAUGGGGAGGGUUGAUGGAAAGAUCCAAAUCCUAGCAACGGAUCACUAUUUUGAAUGUAUUGAAAAGAUUUUGUACAACAAGGAACUACUUUUCAUCAAGGUGUGGAUAAGAAAACUAAAAGAAAACACAAAGGUGGUCGAGCUUUCAUCAGAUGCCAAAAUGGUUUACUUUUCUCAUCUUAAGAGGGUCAAGACCAAAGUGAUUGACGAUGGGUUUAGAAAGAUACCUUCUGUAACAGUUGAGACAUUUAAAGAUGCAAUGGCACACAUGGAGGAUGUUUUCAAUCUUUUUAUUGAUGUUGUUUCCAAAGAAGAGAAAAGACAUCUAAAAAAUAAGGUACUGGAAUAUAUAGAUAAAUGCUAUGAGUCGGUGGAGCUAAAAAAGUUCUCUGAUCUCGAAUCUGUAAUAAAGGACAUCUACGAAACGAAGCAUUUGCUGGGACCUCCAGACUCGGAAGAUGUUAAAGACUUGUACAAGAUGAUAAACAAAUACAUGGAGGGCCAUGCCACAAAAAUAAUAGGAAUAGUGAAAGGAAUGAUUGAGCAAAAAGCAUCGGACGUACAGAUUCUGAUGGAGAUUGUAAGAAUUAUAGAAGAGAUGCCGAUGGAGCAUCUAAGGAUCUUAAGGCGUAUAAAACCAUUGGUAGAAGGGCAUUCCAUAGUUAUGUACUACUUGUCUAAUAUUCUUGCGUUUGAGCCACCAAGGUUGUCCAAUGACCUCCGGAAGAAAGUAGAUGAGAUUGGAGAUCAAUUUGGAUUUUUAUUGAACACUUGA